AUGCAUUGGCGUGGUAUUACUGGGAAGAUGGUCGGCGACCUUUUUGUGGUUGGACAGAAUUCAAAGAGCUCCUCCUUGAACGUUUUCGAUCGACUCAGGAGGGUAAUUUACAGGAGCAGCUCUUCUCGUUACAUCAAUCUUCUACUAUUAAGGAAUAUUGUCGCCAAUUCGAGGGAUUAUAAUGGGCACUUGACAGCACUGACAUCAGCCAAGGAACUAAGUUUUGCUGGAAAACUCUGCACUAAUACAGCAAGAGGCUGUUGGGUUGGAGGAAGAGGCUUCAAUUCUACAAGUGGUUUUAGUUGGAAGUGGUCUGACAAUGCAACACAUAGGAAUGAGUCCAUCUCCCCUGGGGCACCAUUUCACUCCAAUGGCUCCAAUUCAUCAUGCAAAGGCAUUAAUCUAAUCAAUACCUAUACAUCGGUGACUAAUGGCCAGCCAACCCUUGUGGGUGAGAGAUGCAACAACUCUCAUGAGUUCAUCUGUAUGAUUGAUAUAGAGAACAAAUGCUACCACCUGCGCCGCCACAAGGAGUAUCUUAUCAUCCUUGCAACUGUUAGUGGGAUGAUCCUUUGCACAACUUUGGCUGUUGUAAUUUGGUUGCUUGCAUACAAGAGGAGCAAGAGGCGCAGAAGGUCUYGCAAAGCAUCUAAUCCAUCAACAUCUGCAUCAGUUACCCCAUCAUGGAAAGUUUUCAGCAAUGAGGAACUGAGGCCAAUUACAAAGAAUUUCAGUGAAGGUAACCAUCUUGUUGGAAAUGCCAAGACUGKUGGCACAUAUAGUGGGCUUUUAUCUGAUGGAACAAGGGUAGCAGUCAAGAGAUUGAAGAGGUCUAGCUUUCAAAGAAAGAAGGAAUUUUAUUAA